AUACCGGGUGCCUGUUAGACAGAGUUGCAGCUCCAGGAGUGAAAAAUUUGACGGAGCGAAAAUUUUACGCGUACACUGGCGAUGCCUGCUGCGAUGGGAUCCCUGUAUUCGAAUUGUAGAAAGUUCGAAAAAAUUCGAACCCCCCUUACCAUAGUAGCCUUAGUUACCGCAGGUGAUCAUAAAUAAUGAAAAAAUGGUUUUGCAUAAACAAGAAAUGCACAUCGUUCGUUAAUACGGCUCAUAAGGAGUUACCACAACCAUUCAAAAUUAAUGUUUUACAAAUAAAAAAUACGCUGCCAUCAAAAUUGAAUACUAUACCAGAACGACUACUUUUAAUAUCCAGAAGCAAUUUGCUAAGAAAAAUGUACGACUUUGAUAUAAAUGCCAUUCCAGGCAUCGCAUAUAUUAAUUCAGCGCUCACUCACCAAAUUAAUACAGCUGCAGUUAAUCUAGAAAUUUCGGCGAUUCAAAAUUUCAACAACUCGCAGAAUAACGUUUCAAAAAAAAAUCAAUCUCGUACUCAAUUCAUGAAAAAUCGUAAACAAAAGCAACAUUACUUGGCACGUGAUUCAAUACCGAAUUUCCAAACGUAUUUUUCAAACACGAAACAACCGAAUCCAAUGUACAUUACUUCUUCAAUUGUCAAGAAACCAAGAAUUGUCCAAAAAGUCUCAAAAUCAGCUAUACCUAGAAAGUAUGAUGCACUAAUGGACCAUUUGGGUAUAUCAGGAUACAAUCAUUUCGAACUCGCCGUGAUACGCGAUUUAGAAAAACGCGAAGAACAAAAAGUUGAAGCAACUAUACAUACUUUGUUUGAGAAUACAAAUCGAUUUAAUGCAAAAGUGGUUAAACAAACUGCAUCGAAUACGAAUAGUUCACCACUGCCUCCAGUAGAAUGGCUGCAUGGCCAAAGUUCUUCAUUUGAUCAGAUAAACCAAACUAAGGAAAAUUGUAGUACCCAUAAAUCGUGGAAAAAGGUGCUAGCGUUGCCUUCAGACAUUCUUAUAUCAAAUGAAUUCUUUAAAAUUGAACCUGAGCUAGCCAGAGAAAACAAAUAUAGGAACAAAACUAGUGCAUCAAAUGUUCACCAUAGAAAGAAUUUUAUAAGUUCAAGUGUGUUGAGCAUAAUUACCCCUAUGCCAGUUCAUAGUUUAAGUACAAAUAGGAUGGAUCGAAAAGAUGGCCAACAUGCUGCUUGUAUCUCGAGUAGCAGUGCUUCAAACUGCUUCAAUAAAACGCCUAAUGAUAUUGAAAAAGUUGUCGAGAAACGUCAUGAACAGUUUAAGUCAAUCGCUCUUAGGACAAAAAGCUCAACUACAGAAAUCACCCCGACAACAUCCGUAUCCGUGCCUAUAACUAACAAACAAUUAAUUCAAUCAUCGCGAAAAAUGAUAUCGAAUCGCAAUACUUCAUUUCGUAAUUUACUCUUCCGAACACAUUCUCAAACAAAAAAAAACAAUAACACAAAAAUGAGUACGAAUCGAGGAACUAUCAAAUUUAGUGACUAUUUGAGAAAUCCCCAAAAUGAUUUCUUAUAAAUAGCCUAUAAAACAAAUUCGCGCGGUACUCGACAUGUUUUGAGAGUAAGCUGAUUAUUAUCACACAGUUGUUCACAACUAUUCAAUU